UCACACAGACUACACACACAACAGGAACCAGAUUAUUCAGUCAUUAAAAUGAGUGAUGCUGCUGAGGAUCUGGUCUGCAGGCUGGAGAAGCUGCAGAGUCGCUUCACGUGGGACCUGAAGGAGGAAGAUCUGGAGCUGGACGACCUCAGCAAUCAGCUGCAGCACGAUAUAGACCUGAAGCUUGGGCAGCGGGGGGCCGUGGCCCACUACUACCGCUUCCUGGCUUAUGUGAGGUAUCUCCAGGGUAAACCAGACGAGGCGCUGUCACUUCUCAGCCAAUCAGAGGAGGAGACCAGGGAGUGUUAUGGUGAGGACUGUGAGCGGAGGCUCAUCGUGACGUACGGAGACAUGGCCUGGCUCAAAUACCACACCGGAGACUCCACACAGUCACAAAGCUACUGCCAGAGAGUGGAGGACAUCCUGGAGAAGAAUCCAGCCGAUUCCCCUUCUGACCUCCUCCCAGAGGUGUAUGGAGAGAAAGCCUGGACCUUCCUCAAGUUCUCCAUGUCCUACUACAACAAAGCCAUCGAGUGUUCACUCAGGGCCUUGAAACUGCAGCCGGACGACUGGGAGUGGAACAACUGCUACGCUAUCGCCCUGUUUCGUACAGAACCGUCACCUGUGCAGAGCGAUUUAAAGCAGCAUCCUGAAGAGUCGCCAGCCACCACACAGCUUCGUCGGGCUCUGGAGUUGACCCCCAACGAUGGCGUCCUGCUCUCCUUGCUGGCUCUGAAGCUGCUCCACUACCACAAAUACAAAGAGGCCGAUGGUCUGGUGAAGAAGGCCCUGGAGGUCGGAUCCAGGGACCCUCAAGUAAUCUACCGUGUGGCUGAAUACUAUUACAAGCGGCACCAGCUGGAUCAGGCUAUAGAUCUUCUGAAGGGAGCGCUGGAGAGAAAUAGUCGGUCAGCGUUCAACCACCACCGCCUGGCCGAGUGCUACAGAAAGAAGCAGAGGGAACUGUUCCCAAAGAAGCCCAGACCAGAGAAAGAGCUGCAGCGUUUGAGGAGUCUCAGUAUUUACCACCUGGAGGAAACAAUCAAGCUGAGGAAGGGCUUUAACCACGCCAAGGCUGAUCUGGCUCUGCAGUACGCAGAGGACUCUAACAGAAGGAGAGCUCGAGAACUGUUCAAUGAAGUAUUGGAGACAUUAGAGGAGGAGUCUGGGAACAUCUACCAGUUCAUCUGUCGGUGCUAUGCUGAGUUCUGCCAGUACCACACCACUGACAGUGAAAAAGACCUUGCCAUCACUUACUAUAAAAAGGCUCUGAAGUGCAACAGCUGCAAUUCUGAAGGAAAGUACUGUGCAAAGAAGCUGAAGCAGAUAGCAGAGCGACGUCUCGAUAGAGAUUCUGGAGACGCCACCGCCUACGGGAUCCUGGGAGCUGUGGCCAAAGUAGAAGGUCACCUGAGGGGAGCAGUCAGAUACUACGAGAGAGCUCAGGAAAGAGACGUGGGUAACGCCGAGUAUCUGUCGGAGCUGUGUGAGCUGCGUCUGAACCUGAACUGAUUCCUUGAAGAGUCCAGAGUGAGAGAUUAGUUAUGUUGUGUUUGACUCCACUGUAUGAAUCAUAAAUAUCAUGAACCUCUUCUCAUUCCAGCCUGUUUAGGACGUAGCCAACGUAACUGAAUGAUGUUCAUGAACAUUUUGGAGCUCAUUCAUGGUCUUGGUCUCUUUGAAAGUCAAGACUGUUGUUGAGUAAUCAAAGGUGGCACACAGUUAAAAAAACAUUUUUAACAUUUGUUUGUUUUGAAAAAAUGUGUUGGUUGAAUCUUAUAAUGACUUUCAGAAGAAAAUCAUGUAUUCCAUCAUGACUAUUUUUGAAUGUUUGUAUUCAGAUAAAACAUUCCUCGCAGCACAUUUAUUAUCCAUCCAUCCACUUUAUCCUUGAUCUUAGAUCAGAGUCUCAUUGUCAACAUCAUUUAUGACAUUUAUUAUGGUUCUAAAUCAUUUCUGGGUGACUGGCUUGUUGUGGAGUUGCCUUUACAAGGUCAGAUUAAAAAUCUGUCAGAGAAUGUUUGCCCAAAAUAAAUAAAUAAACUCCCUGUUUUCUGUGUUGUAUUGUUCCAUCUGAUCUUUACGGCUUCAGGCCAAUAAACGCGACUCAUCAUGUGGCAACUCUGUAGCUGCAGCUUUACUCUGUGUUUUUACUCGAAUCUACCGUCUUCUGACUGAUAAUAAGAAAUAUCUUUUUAAACAUGAAGCAUGAUGUGAUGAGAUACUGAGCCCGGGAAUAAAUUAUAAACAACCUGUCCUGUAUUUAAAUGAGCAGAUGAGACAUCUUUGAUUUAUUAAACAUCCUUCAUGAUUCUCAAGAGACAAGACGCAGGAAAACGUUUGGUAAAAAAGUAAAAACAAACCCCAGAGACAUGAGAUACCAGAAAUACGGUUCAGGUUAUUUGUGGUGUAAUUUUUACUACGAUUCACACAUUAUUAGAUUACCAGAGGUCCACAUUAAACUAGUCCUGUGUUAAGAGGAUUUUAAAAACAUAAAACCAACCAUGUGAGCUUUGGUACGCAGAGAGUUUCAGGUUUAUUUUGUUGUUGGUUAAAAACAGAAUCUGAAGCAUGAAUACUAUAAAAAAUAAGAUUUAUAUCCUUAUAAUACAGAACCAGCUUCCAUCCAAGUAAAA